AUGGGGCGGGGCUCGGGGCAGGGACAUAGCGGCGGCAUGACCCUCCCGGUGAAUGCGGGCGUCAACGGAGAUACAGUCGCGAAGGCGCCGAGGCGCAUAACUCCUCAGGCGGUCGUCGACGACGACGUCGCGACGGGAUCCCUUGGGCGUCGAGCGCGUCAGCCCUCGGCAAAGGCGCUCGACGCCGUCCCCGACAAGCGCGCGCGGCUGGACGACACGCCGCGGAACGGACACGGCGCUCACGACGACCCGUUCAUGCUCGAACUCCGCGCGUUCUUUCAGGAGAAGCUCGACGGGCGCGUCCUGGUGGUCCCGAAGUUCUGCAGGCACCCGCUCGACCUCGGGCACGUGUACAGGGAGGUUGUCGCCAGGGGCGGGUACAAGGCGGUGUGCGACAACCGACGAUGGAAGGAGGUGUGCGCCACGCUGGGCCACGACCUCACCGGGCAGACCAGCGCGGGGUUCCAGAUGCGUCAGAACUACGAGAGGUGCCUGCUCGAGUACGAGUUCGCGGAACACGGCCGAAGUUUGGAGCUGGUGCCAGAUGCCAUCGCGAACAACCGCGAGUGGGCCGCCAAGUGGAACAGGACCCGACCGGCGGGCGACACCGGGCGUGGACCAGCGCCCGACGCGGGCCUCGGUCCCACGCCCCCGCUCGUCAACCUGAACCUGGACAAAGCCCGGUUCAACGCCGCGUAUAACAUGGACGACGCCGACGAGAGAAGGACGGCACACACGCUCGGACUGUACGACGCCGUCGAGCCGUUCGAGCUGAGCUUCCUCUUCCCCGGCGCCGACCUCGGGGUGUACAUCACGGUGAGAAACAGCGUGCUGUGCCGGUGGCGAGCCAAUCCCAACGCGUACGUCUCCGUCGAGCAGGCGUGCGGUUGGUUCAUGCCCAAGCACCGAGCCGUCGUGCACUGCGCGCACAGGUUCCUCACCGUGGCGGGAUACAUCAACUUCGGCGUCGGUUUCACCGGCAACUAUCCCGCGCCCGGGGCGAGCAAGGGAACGGUCGUGGUCGUCGGCGCCGGGUUCGCCGGUCUCGCGGCGGCGAGGCAGCUGCAGUGCCUGGGUCACCGGUGCGUGGUCGUCGAGGCUCGCGACCGAGCGGGGGGGCGGGUGUGGACGGAGCGGCUCGAGGGGAUCGACCCAGAGACGAACGAACGCGUGGUGGCCGCGUGCGAGAUGGGCGGCAGCGUGCUGACCGGAGCGGACGGCAACCCCGUCGCGGUGAUCGCUAAGCAGAUGGCGCUGCCGUUCUGGAAGAUCAGGGACGAGUGCCCGCUGUACCUGGAGGACGGCGAGCCGGUUGACGCGGAUACGGACAAGAGGGUGUUUCGGGAGUUUGAGGACUGCAUGAACGAGGUUGGGGAGAAGCGAAAUCAGCUCACGGAGACGGACGAGCACGGCGCCGAUCACCUGUCGCUCGGGCGGGAGCUGGAGCGGACGUGGGCGGAGAAGGCGAGGGCGGGGAACAAGCCGCAGAUCGAGACGGACCUGUUCAACUGGCACCUGGCAAACCUGGAGUUCGCCAACGCCGAUCGCCUGGAGGUCCUGUCCCUCGGGCAGUGGGACCAGGACGACCCGUACGACUUCGACGGCGAUCACGUGUGGCUCCCGGGCGGUAACGUUCGGCUGGUGUCGGCGAUGGCGCGCGAGCUGCCCAUCUUUUACGGGCACGCGGUGACUAGCGUGGAGUACCCCGCGGCUGUCGGGGCGGACCCGCAGUUGGAGGGGCCCGCGGAGCCCGUGAAAGAUCGAGAGGGACGCGCGCACGAGGGCGUGGUGGUGACGUGCAAGAACGGUCGGGAGUUUCGCGCGGACGCCGCGCUCGUCACCGUGCCCCUCGGCGUGCUCAAGAAGGGGAGCGUGCAGUUCGAGCCGCCGCUUCCCGAGAGGAAGAGUCGAGCGAUUGACGCGUUGGGCUUUGGCGUCCUCGACAAGGUGAUCCUGCUCUUUCCCAAGCCGUUCUGGGACAUGAGCGUGGACACGUUCGGGUACGUGGCCCGCGGAGACAGGGACCGACGCGGCAGGUUUUUCAUGUUCUACAACUACGCCAAGACGGACGAACACGACCUCAGCGGCGGCGCGGUGCUCAUAGCGCUGGUUUCCGGCGAGGCGGCUUUGGAGUUUGAGAGGUCCGGCGUCGCCAACGCGGUGGCGGAGACGAUGACGGUGCUCCGACGGAUUUACGAGAAACGGGGCGUGACGGUUCCGGACCCGAUAGACUCCAAGUGCGCGUGCUGGGGCACCGACGAGUUCGCGUACGGGUCGUAUUCGAACAUCAGCGUCGGCGCCACCGGCGAGGAUUACGACGCGCUCGCGGAGCCCGUUGGUGACGGGUUGUUCUUCGCCGGCGAGGCGACGAUGCGGCGGCACCCGGCGACGAUGCACGGCGCGUUUCUGUCGGGGAUGAGGGAGGCUGCGCGGAUCUCGGAGAAGAUGCGCGAGCUGAACAAGGCGGGGAAGUUGGCGAGGUGA